GAAUGAUGUAAUGCAUCGGAUUUGGUGUGUGUUCUGCAGCUACACAACUAGCGCUACUAUCAACUUAUUCAUCAGGUAAAUUCUAUUCACAGACUGGGAGUUGCGGCUUGGUCUGGAACGACUUCGCAUUUGUCAAACAGCCGUUGAUCGUGCCGCUCGACUUUUCGAUGCUGUUCAUCAGGAAAAGAAACUUGCAGAUGAGCUUCACUAUGAAUUCACCCAAGCGAUAAUAGAUCUGGAUAGGAAGUCGAAGCAGUUGGAGGAUGUUUUGAGCAAUUUACAAAGCUGCAAUGAAGCAAUCGACGAAAGUGAUGUUAAACGUAUGCAAGCAUUCAAGGCAAAUCGAGAGAUAACUGAAAAUGCCAUAAAACGGCUGAAAGAAGAACAUGAUCUCGUGAUGGAUCGGCGUGCCAAAGUGAGCAAGAUUAUUGAAGGUUUGAUACAAGCAUCUGGAAAGGCAAAGGGGCGACUUGUAUCCUGUCACAACAUCCGUAAUCAGUCUUACGCGGAACUAUUUAAAAGAGGUGUUCCUAAGAAUCAGCUGGUGAGCACGAUCGAGAUCUCUACGAGCAUGUUAGAGAAAGAAUCAUUGCAAGCCAGUGAAUUGUUAGCAGAUUUGCCGCUUGUUUGGGAACCCGAACAGUAA